AUAUCUGUUUACUUUAGAGGAGGCAGUUUUUGAGAAAGGAUCAUAACUAUCCUGGCCCAGUGCCUCAGGAGCCAUGACAAGCAAAAGCACAAACUGGCCUGGAUAUAGCCUUUGGGAUAUUUAAAUGUGUGGGUUAAUUUUUUAUCCAUUUUAAUAACUAGUUUUCUCUCUUUUUUCCCCCCUGUCUACUUCUUUGCUUUCUAUUUAUGCUCUGAGGCUGUGGGCACAGGACUGGCUGCAGGCAAAUAGUUCCAGAGCAUACUGAAGGACAAUCUUCUAACGAAUCAUUAAUUUCACUGUGUAUCUGGAUUCCUGCUUCUUUUUCGAAAUGGCAGGUGCGAAUCCCUGUGUAAAAUAUUCUAUGUUUAUCUUCAACUUUGUGUUCUUGCUAUGUGGUAUCUUGAUCCUGUCAAUAGCAAUAUGGAUCCGAGCAAGCAAAAUGGACAAGGAGGCUAUUAGUUCUGGGGACAAUGGGGCUCACUCCCAUUCUUCUGUGAAUAUGUUGAUUGCUGUAGGUGCCAUCACUGUAGUUAUGAGUUUCCUGGGAUGUUAUGGUGCUCUAAAAGAGAAUCGCUGUAUGCUUCUUUUGUUUUUCAUAGGUUUGUUUCCGAUCCUGCUCAUGCAGUUGACAGCAGGUAUCCUAGCAGCGAAAUUCAAACCUGAGACUGAGCGUGCUCUGAAGGCAACUCUCCGCGAAAGUGCACAGCUCUUGAGUCAAACAAAUGAAAAAGGAAGAAAAUUUCAGAAAACCAUGGUUACAUUCCAAAAAGAGUUUAAAUGCUGUGGUUUGAUCAGUGGAGCUGCUGAUUGGGGACGUAAUUUUGAAGAAGCUUAUGAGUCAUGUAAAUGUUCAAGUCCAUCAGAUUCUUGUAUAACUUAUACAGGAAGAUAUGUUUAUAAACAGACAUGUGAACCAGUUAUAAGAGCCUCGGUUUCAAACCACCUUGAUAUAGUUAUUGGACUAUCAUUCGGAUUGGCAGCUGUCGAGGUACUUGGUAUGGUGUUUUCUAUGAUCCUGUUUUGCCAGAUUGAAAAAAGAUGAACUUGUUCAUGGAUAUGAUAAGCUACCAUCAGUUCAAACCCUUUUGCAAUUUUACUUUGGCUUUGUGACUUUAAAUAUAUGAGUGUUGUAUAUGUCCAGAGCAGCUGUCUUACUAAAAUGCCUCCUUUAACUAUAGAUAUCAUCCAUACUUAUUGAAUAUAUUUAAGAUUUUAGGGUCAUAAGAUAAAUGAUAUUAAUAUGUAUUUUUACUCAAAAUAAAAAUUACAUUAGUUGGUGCUUUUUUGGGUGUCUGAUCAUGGUGUUCAGGUGGCUCUAUGCUUAUAAUGUUCAUCUGGAGUCACCCAGAGGAAUAACCUUCAUUUCCAAGUGACGGGGGCCAUAGAAACAAGACUCUUGUGAUCUGUAGCAGGCAUUAGUGACAAAAUUGAACUAAGUUGGGAGUUAAAAUGAUUGAGAGUGUUCUGGCUGAGUUGCUACCACUUUUUCGCUAUGUGUCACUGACUGCUAAUAGUGCCUCUCUUUUGCUGCCUACAUUGUGGGGACAAGAACUGAGAGCUCCCCUCCCAACCCUUGAAUCUCUGGAAUCUUUCUGGAUCUUCCUCCCAUGUACAUCGGUUUUAAAUACUUUUCUUUCAAGAUCUCAGAGAUACUCUUAAAAUUUACUUGUUAUUAACGUAUAGUAUAUAUAUAUAUAUGAAUCUUAAGUGCAUAGCUCUGUGAAUAGGUAUAUACCUGUGUAGACACCAUCCAUAUAGAGAUGUGAAACUUUUACAGCCCAGCUUCUCCUUCAUGCCACAUCCAAGUGGUGUGCUGAAGCUGGCUUAUGCCAACUUGCUUGAACAGAUUGUACGUAUAUGUACUUCAAGUCUGAAUAAGUCUGGGUUCAGUGCCAUCACCUUGUUAACUCAUAACCCACCAUAAUGGGAGUAUUAACACCAAGAAAACUGGCAAAUAUUAUAACAUUUGGGCUCUUAUUGUUAUUAUUUUAACAGGUGGUUGUAGACGAAUCUAUAUACUCCUUCUCUUGGAAAAUAGCUUCCCCACAGUAACUACUCUUCUGAGGACCAUUACCACAGAUUCAUACUGCCAAUUCUUAAACCUUCUCUAAAGGGAAUAAUAAAUCAUACACUCUGGGUUGUUUUGCUCAGCAUUUUGUCUUUGAGACUCAUCUAUAUUAUUGCAUGUAGCUAUAGUUCAUUCUCAUUGCUAUGUGUAAUAUUCCAUUGUAUCUGAAUACAUCACAAUAUAUUUAUCCAUUUUUCUGUUGUUGGGCAUUUGGUUGCUCUAUUAUGAAUAAAGCUUCUAUAAACAUUUUUUACAUAUCCUCUGAUACAUAUAUGCAUUUCUGGAUAUAUAUAUGAAGAGUGGGACUGUUUUUUAUACGUGUUUAGUUUUAAUAGAUUCUGCCAUGAAAUUUUCUAAUGUGGUUGUAAUAAUUUAUACUCAUACUAGAAAAGUGAAAUGUUAAGGGGUUAUUCUCAAACAGGUUAGAGUGAUGGCCAAGAACUAGGUAAUAUGGGGGAGCCCUGCUGAGUUAGGGCCUCUCUUCUGUGCUUCUUUAUUAAUCAUGAGAGAUAACAAUGCUUCCAUGAUCACAUUCUACCUUCCAGGAACUAGACCAGAAACUGUUUUUAUGACCUAAUUUCUUCUCAUCACAUCCUUAUGACAUAAAUACUGUUAUUAUCCCCAUUUUGCAGGUGAGAACAUUGAGGCUUAGAGAAGUUAGGUAACUUACCCAGACUCAGUAACUGGCUGAACUGGGAUUUAAACCUUAAGAAAGCUUUAAAUCUUGAUUGCUGAUUAUGUUGGCUUUCCAUAAUCUACCUGUCAAUAAAAUUGCCGUAUUUUGUUAUAAUUA